CCACCUCGUGUGUCCCUCGCAAAAAGGAAAUUUUCUUCUUCUUCUUUCUCCCCACCCGAUGUAGGCCACGCUCCCAAUAUCCCGUAUCUUCGAGCGGUUAUAUCUCAUGGUGAAUUCGAUGGUACGUGGUCGCGGGUGUUUCGAGGUGAUGGAACAUCGAGAGGAGAUUAUGCAGCGAGUUAGCCGUGGAGAAUCGUUCGGCCUGACGCGCUCGCCGUAGCGAUGAUCGGAGGUGGAGGAGAGCCAGCGGCGUAGGGCAAGCUUCUUCCUGGAUAUCGACUAAACUUACGCGCGGCUCCCACGAUCGUUCGCUUCGUCCGGCCCGCGUGUUCACCUCGAAAUUUCACGAACGGGGGGGAGACAUGAGGCUGUGGGCGCUCCUGGCGGUCCUCGGCGGUGUGCUCGCCAUCGAGGACUUGGUUUGCAUGAAGAACCACACGGUCAUCGAGACUUCGGGGGACGCCGUUCUCUCUGUUUUCAUAGACACGGAUUACGGACCCGACUGCAACAUCUCGUCCCCGAAGAGCAUCCAGGAAGUGGCGACGGCACUAUUCGCGGCCCAAAGUUUGAACAAAAUGGAGUUUGUGCCCGGAAUCACGAUAGGCCUCCGACUGUACGACACUUGCAACGACCGGGUGGCCGUGUACAAGCAAGCCCUCAUCUCGGCCGUGGAGAUGGACUGCUCGGCGCACUACGACCUCGGGAUCCUCGCGCCUCAGCGUUUCGCCGAGGUCCUGGAGCCCCUGCGCAGCCUCGACAUAAUACCCGUGCACACGUACGCCAACCCGAACCUCAGCCAGCCCCUCGUUGACGUCCUCGUGGACUUUCUCGGCACGUGGGUGACCAGCGUCGACCUCCUGCUCACGGGCUCCCGGCCCAUCCUCGACCGCGUGCUCAACGUCACGAAGGAGGCCGGCAUUUGCGUCCGUAGCGACAAGGAGCUCGAGCCCGGCGGGGCACCCACCAACGGCACCGAGAGGCUGAUAGUUGCCGUGGGCGAGCACGAACAGGUCACCACCUGGCUGGACGAUCAGGAGAGCUACGGCGACGAGGGCGAGAAGGUCGCCUGGCUCGUGCUGCCCCUCGACAAUUCUUACGUCGACGAUUUGUUGCCGGAGGGCUCGUACGUGAUAAAGCCCGAGCAGAUGUUGGUGGAUUUGAGCCAGGACCUGGACACAACGGACAUAUCGUCGGUGCCGGUGGGCACGAUAACCCGCUCGCCCCACCUGCUCAGCAUCGGCAGGGCCAUAGUCGAGAUAGCCAAGUCGCUGCUUGACCUGCAGAUCAAGAGCUGCCCGCUCGGCUCGAGCUCGUGCGCCCUGCCGCGCUUCGAGGCCCAGGAGGACCGGUCCAUCAGCAACGCCGAGCUCUACGAGGCGCUCCACAUACCUGCCAAGUCCCACUCCACCAGGUACAUCGUGUCCCGCAAGAUCGACGGAGUGCUGACAGAGCAGGUGGCGUACAAGAUAGACGCGACGAGUGCGCGCUACCGCGUGGUCGCCGAGAAGGAGGUCCCCAAGCAGCCGCGGCUCUGCGUGAAGAAGCUCGCAAAGAAUUGCCAAAAGUGCGUCAACUUCCUGGUGCAGGAGGUGGAAAAGCCAGACGGGAGCGGUGAAAAUAAAAAGGAGGAUGAGGAAGAGAUCGGCACGUUCAAGCCGAGCGUGAUGGUGCCGAUUUUCUUGACCAUCGCGUGUUGCGGUGUCCUCGCCUGCUGCGGGGUCCUCGCGUUCAUCGUCUACCGGUACUUCGUCGAGGACAUAUUGGACGGGAACCCAGCGCUCACCGUCUGCCUGAUCCUGGCGACGAUGCUGAUGCUGAGCAGCGUCGUGCCAUUUUGCCUCGAGGACAGGGCCAUUGGGGCCGAGUACCUCAACUCUAGGAAAAUAUUCGUGUCCAGUCUCGCCUUCGGCCUGGCCUUCUCCGUCAUGCUGACACGAGCUUUGUUCCUCGCCUUUUCCACGAAGGGGGUCUUCUCGUCCCAGCACAUCAAUGGCUACUUGCAGGCCCUCAUGUUGUUCUUCAUGGCCAAUGUCGAGGUCGCCCUGUCCUCCACCUUUUUCGCGCUCAACGACACCGGAUCCGAGAAAAUCAUGAGGGACGUUGGGUACAUCGGCUUACUCAGUUACGACAUUUUCCUGCUCACCGUGUUGUUCUGCACGUGCUGUUUCAUCUCGCAGAUACAGCGCAACUACCACGAGGGCAUAUGUUUCUUCGGGACGGCGAUCGGGCUGCUCAUCUGCUGGGCCGUCUGGCUAACUUGCUUUCUCCUCAUGUCCGCGGAUAAUCGCGACCUGAUAGUCUGCUACGGGAUCCUCGGCACGGCCUAUCUCAUAAUCCUCGGCAUACUCGUGCCGCGCACUUACUUUAUGUGCGAGCACUUUACCCGAGGCAAGGACAUCAUGGCUACGUUCGAGCCCACGGAUCUUGGACCCGAUCCUAGGGUCAAUAAUACAGCCAGACAGGCUCUGGACAUGCAGUCGCGCCAGCCGUUCUACGACUACGUGAGCAGCGCGGGUCCGGCCAGUCUGGCCCAGCAACCCCAACCCGUGCCGUCGUUGGCCAACUAUUACGGCAGCACCAGCCCAAGCCUGGGCCACCGACUGGCCUCGAGGUUUUCCCUAAGACGCCGCAGCCCAGAGCCCAGGCGCACGCCCGGAUACAACAACUACGGCUACCGGCCCGAGAUGAGGGAGCUCGAGGUGGCCCCCUACGUCAUUCCGCGACUCAACAUCGAGGACUCGGACGUUAGCGAAGCGCAGCGAUCUACGCGGAAAAGCGGGUCGAUUUCGGGGGCGACGAGUACAGCGGCGUUGCCUGCGCCAGAGGCCCGCUACGCGAUCAGGAAGAGCCGAGCCAAAGACAAGCGCGCCGGUCGUCCUUCCGCCGGCCAAAGUUUCUCCGUCGAGACCGAGGUCUACGUGGAGGAUCGGCGGUCCCCGACUCCGCGGGGCCACAAUGAGCCGUACCCCAGUCGCGAGACCACCAGCAGCCCAAGGCUCACCCCCAGCAUCAGGGAAGAGCAGGAGAACGAGCACCCCGUGCGCAUCACUCGCUUCUAACAACGACCUCUGGGCCAUUCAAUACUCUUUGUUUUUCCUUUGACCUUUUUGAUGUUGUUGUUGUUGUUGUUGUUGUUACUGUUGUUAUUGUUGUUAAGGUUGUGCCUCCAAAAAUGUGUUUUUGUUGUAUCUUGGAAUGGAGAACGAGGCGUGUUGGGAAAGCAAAAUUUUAUUUCUGAGCAUUUUCUUGAUACCCUUUGUUCAAUCUCAGGGUCCUUUGAGACGGAUCUUUAAAAAUCUUGCAUCUUUGGAUAGUGUCAUAUUGAGGAAAACGAUCAAGUAUGUAGCAUAACUUUAGAUAAAUUUGAUGUUUACCUACGUGAUGCUGUUGACAUUACCAUUUGACUCUUAAUAUGUAUACGUUAUGUGUUAAUUACAGUUAAUCACCUUGAUUUUUUAUCUCGUAUAUUGUAUGAUUAUAUUAUUGUUAAAAUACGUGAUGCCAACAAUUGCUUGUAUUUGAAGUUAUACGUAUCUUGUGCUUCGAACGAGUGGAUAUGGUACUGUCUUUUCCUUUUUUUUCUUCGAUCUCUUAGACGUUACACUUGUUUAUGAAAUGUAAACUUUUCGUGCAAAAAUAAAAAUCAAGAAAAAAAAAAACACGUAAAAACCAACAGAAUUUUAAAAUAGUUUAAACAAGAAGGACCAUCAUUACGGUGUAGUAAAAAUGUAUAACCAUUAAAUAGUAAGUGCGCAUCUUGGAAAAUUUUGUAAUGAAAAUCUCAUUGAACUUAAAAACUUAAUGUUUGACGGACCAAAGUUCUUAAGUACAUAUAGUAUGUAAGCUAAUGGAAGCAAAACAUAUAUUUUUAGUGUAAAUAUUGUACAUACCCGAAAAAUAAAAUCCCAAAUUUCACUUAUAACAUACAUGUAUGACACUUUGGAUAAAUAAAUAUGAUGUAUA